AUGUCGUCUUCCGACUCUCAAACUCUCACUGCUCUGGCGGAGCAACACCGCACCCUCGUCGAGGCGGCCGCCGAAGCCCUACCGCACCAAUUCUCACAGUGCACCUACGCCCUCGGGCCCAUCCGCCAGGCCGUCUACCUCUGCCUAACCUGCGGCGAGCCCCGGGGGAUCUGCUCUGCCUGCAGCAUCGCGUGCCACACGGACCACGAGCAGCUCGAGCUCUUCCCAAAACGCGCCUUCCGCUGCGACUGCCCGACGCGCGCCCUGGCGCACGCGUGCACGCUGCACUCGACGCCCGAGGAGGAGAACGCGGGGAACAAAUACGGCCACAACUUCGAGGGCGUGUUCUGCCGGUGCGGGCGGCCGUAUGACGCGAAGAAGGAGCGCGAGACGAUGGUGCAGUGCGUCGCGUGUGAGGACUGGUUCCACGAGUCGUGUCUGAACCUGCGCGAACGCCCGCCGGAACGAGCGUCCACGCCCGAAGACCAUAACGCUGCGAGCACAGAAGACGACGCGUCCGACGCGUCCGACGACUUGCCGCUUGCGCUCAUCACGGCAGACGACUACGACAGCUUCGUCUGCGGCGCGUGUGUGCGCGGUAUACCUACCCUCCGACAGUACGCGGGCACGCCGGGCGCGCUCAUGGUCGUGCGCGACGCGCCGGGGCAGCCGUGGAAGAUCAUAGGGCGGGAGGAAAGCACAGACGGCACCGCGACCGUAGAAGUGACCGAGGGAACGGAGACAGAGGAGCCCGACGUCGGGGAGAAGCGGGCACGAUCGGCGGAUGAAGAGGAAGUGCCCAGCGCGAAGCGACCUCGCGUCUCAACGGAACCGUCAGCGUCCCCGCCAUGUCUCGCACCUCCAGAGAACCCAGUGGCCCAGAAGACUUUGGAUUGCUCGAGCUCGGGAGACCUGGGUGCAGGCGACGUAUUCCUCACUGAGGGCUGGCGAGAGCGCUGGUGCAAAUGCGAGUCGGUACGUCUU